AUGAGAGGAAGCAAAGCACAGAUGAGGGUUUUUGAAGAAAAUCGGGUUACGAGGAGGUUGCUACUGAGGAGCAUGAUACUAUAUAAUGUAUGUACACUGGCAAUGUAUUUAGUAAACAAAGAAAGAAGCAUAUCAACGUAUUUGGUUAGAUCUAUUCCAGAGGCACUUGCCAUUUAUUAUCUCUAUAGAAUCUCGGCACCUACCAUUACUUCUGAAGGGAAUACAACAACACUGGUGAACCCGGGGGCUGCCCUCAGCGGAAAGGGCCAUGUCAGCGUUGCAUUCGACCUUUUAUUCAUUUCGAUGCUUGUGAAGCUCCUACUACUCUAUUCUAGAAAGUCAUGGCUAUUGUAUCUUUUCUUUGUUAUCUCUUGCUGCUAUGAGCUUUUAUACAAGCCAUUUUCAGCUCUAAAGCCAAAGAUAAAAUAA